CCCUCUGAAGGGAGUUUAUUUCUGUGCUCACAAUAAUAUCCAAGUGAAAAUGUUUGUGUGUAUGUGCGUGGUGGAGUCUGGCUUACUAUUUUCCCCAUGUGAUAGGCGACUUCUUUCUAUUAAGCUAUAGGAGCCCAAAGACAGUUUUUUGGGUAAAUGAUGUAGAUGAGUGUGGGCAUAUUUGGGAGACUCUCCCAGAUUUCACUUUCUGGAUGUGCAUGUUGAAUUAGCUGUGCAAACCUGGAAGGAGAACCCCACAUAUUUAUGGCUGCAUAAGGAGGCAUCUAAUAUAUCAAUAACUAUUAAUAGUAUGUAUGCAUAUAUAUUUGUUAGCCAUAAUAACUGAAGACAGACUUGGCAUUCAUCUCAACUCUCUCUAUCUACUUACACAUACUGGCCCGAAGUGGGAUUCCUGCUCCUGCUCUCUCGACCCACCUGCAGCAGCUCAGAAUCCGGAGGAGCAGGGGUUUAGGAUGGGCAAUGCCUUGGGAAGGACUCCCUAACAAGCCCAAGAGGGUGAAGAGAUUGAAGAGAGUUGAAGCAGGGGCAGAGCUGGUAGAAGGAGAGUGUGAGGGCUGGGAGGAUGGGAGCCAGGCCGAGACCUCACCUCACCAGGUGGGGAAGAAAAUAUUCUGGGCCAGGAUGGGGUGGGGCAGCCUGAUCCCUGUGCAGGCCUGGGGGUGGGGCUGGAAGGCUCUCCCCCUCAGCAACCCUCCCCUCACCCUACCUGAGCUCUCAGGAGCUUUGGCUCUUCCCAUGGGGCAGCGUGGGGCUGCGGUUCAGACUUUUUAUGUAGGUCAGCAUUCAACAUUGGUUUUCCUUUGCUCUCUUCCAGCAGCUUAUAAUUAACUCACCCCUACUACCAAUAAUGACAAAAAAUAAAACCCUCACAUACUCCAAACCACUAUCAACCUUACAGUCUCAAGUUCCUCUUCCGGCCAGACCAGUCAGUCCUCACAGGAGAGGGUGCUGGACAGGGGUGGGCAGGGGUUUUCAACCAACUUUGGAAAUUUUGGAAUCUCCUCCAGGAGAUGGUCGACUUCCAGGGAAUUCCUGUUCCCUCACCCACCUGGUGGCAAGGGGGGCAGGAGGCACUAUCCUCAUGGAGACAGGGUAUCCAGGGAGCCCCAAGCACUGGCUCCUCCCUGGUGAGCCUGGGGAGAGGGUGGGAGCCUGAGCAUCUGAGGAGGGAAGGUGGCCAGGGGCCCAGGCAGACCUUCAGCCCCUUUGGGCAUCGCUAUGGCCCACCGCCUCUCUCCUUCCAGCCCUUAGGGUGAGCCCUCAUUUGGAAGGGGGGCCCCCUCUCCUGCAUCCCAAAGGUGGUGAGAGAUAUGUUGGGAAUCUCCCGCCUUCAGUCGCUCUCUCACAAGGGCUUUAUUUUUUUUCUUUCCCCUCCUCAUUCCCUUAAUUGCAGAUGUUCUAAUUAAACCCUCAAAUAGUUGUUAUGCCGUUUUAAAAGGUACUUAUUCAAGUGUCAACCAGGCUGGGCUGGGAGGAGGCAGCGUAGGGCGGCGAAUUAAAGGUAGAUUGACUAAUCACGGCGGCGAUCAUAAUAAUAAAAUCAGAGGGAAAAAAAUCACAUUACGACUUUUCGUGGAAAGGAGGGAGCAGGCAGCCAGCGGCCGCCAGCCCUGCCGCCGCCGACACAAAGAGUGCGGGCGAUUCCGCGAGACUGAUUUAUGACGUUUUACAGCCCUAUAAAAGCUGUAGCGACGAGGCAAGCGCUCCUACCACCGCUGGCAGAUUUAGUCUAAUAAAUAAAACAUAAACAGUUAACUUUAUGUGUCACUUUUAUUGUUAUCAAGUAAAAUAUAGCUGAGCCCCGGCAAGCUAUGAUUUUAAACUAUAAUUGUUAUCAAGUACAACAAGGGGACCUGGCUCCCUCCCUGGGCUCUCCCUUCUGCCACCCCCCCCCCCAACUCUGAGUAAUGGGAUCAGUUAAUUGGAAUUGGUGGCAUGAUGUGGCCACACCAGCUUGGGGGGGGGGGCAGUCAGAAAGCAGCCGUUCCUCGCCCCCUCCCUCCUCCAUGGCCCUGCCACCCCACCAUCAGGGUAUUCCUGUGGGUGGGUGGCAGAAAGAGGGGAGGGGGCAGGAAUGGACUGGAGAUCCCCAAGGCCCGCCCAGCCUCCCCAGUUUGGUAAGCUCACCCCUCAGCCUUUGGAAGGCAGCCUGGAGCUGGCCCUGGGGAAUGUGUGUUUACAUGUAAACACAUGUGUUACAUGGAUACAAUCCCAGGCCGGAAGCAGGCUCUAGCCAGACAGGCCUCCCUCUUAGCUAGGUCUGCCCUCUGUGGGGAUGGAGAAAGAAGAACUCCCAGGGCCGUGGCUGGGCCCCAUCACUGGGCGCUGACUCCUCGCGGAUCGCUCUCCUCCUUGCCCCAGCUACUUAGGAACCAGCCUUGGAGGUAGCAGGAGGUAGCAGUCAGAAAGCAGCAGGCCAGAUGAAAUGGAGAGUGGAAACAGCAGCCAGCGCCGGGGGGCUCAACCCCCAGACCUCCAGAAAUGACGCCAGAAUCAUUUGCAUCCCGCUGCCUCUACCUGCCCUGUCCAGCUGGGACCCUGCCUCGCCAGCCCCCUGGCCAGAGGGUUGGAAAUUAAUGAUCAUGAGCUCGUAUUUGAUGGACUCUAACUACAUCGAUCCGAAAUUUCCUCCAUGCGAAGAAUAUUCGCAAAAUAGCUACAUCCCUGAACACAGUCCGGAAUAUUACGGCCGGACCAGGGAAUCGGGAUUCCAGCAUCACCACCAGGAGCUGUACCCACCACCGCCUCCGCGCCCUAGCUAUCCUGAGCGCCAGUAUAGCUGCACCAGUCUCCAGGGGCCGGGCAAUUCGCGAGGCCACGGGCCGGCCCAGGCGGGCCACCACCACCCCGAGAAAUCACAGCCGCUCUGCGAGCCGGCGCCUCUCUCAGGCGCCUCCGCCUCCCCGUCCCCAGCCCCGCCAGCCUGCAGCCAGCCAGCCCCUGACCAUCCCUCCAGCGCCGCCAGCAAGCAACCCAUAGUCUACCCAUGGAUGAAAAAAAUCCACGUUAGCACGGUGAACCCCAAUUAUAACGGAGGGGAACCCAAGCGCUCGAGGACAGCCUACACCCGUCAGCAAGUCCUGGAAUUAGAGAAAGAGUUUCAUUACAAUCGCUACCUGACCCGAAGGAGAAGGAUCGAGAUCGCCCACUCGCUGUGCCUCUCUGAGAGGCAGAUCAAAAUCUGGUUCCAAAACCGUCGCAUGAAAUGGAAGAAGGACCACCGACUCCCCAACACCAAAGUCAGGUCAGCGCCCCCGGCCGGCGCUGCGCCCAGCACCCUCUCCGCAGCCACCCCGGGCACUUCUGAAGACCACUCCCAGAGCGCCACGCCGCCGGAGCAGCAGCGGGCAGAGGACAUUACCAGGUUAUAAAACAUAACUCACACCCUGCCCCCACCCCAUGCCCCCAUCCUCCCCUCACACACAAAUUGACUCUUAUUUAUAGAAUUUAAUAUAUAUAUAUUUUUUGGUUCUUUUCUCUCUUCCUCCCACCUUACCCUUGUCAAUUCCAAACAGACAAAAUGGAUAAACAAACAAGCCCCCUGCCCUUCUCUCCCUUCCACUGUUAAGGACCCUUUUAAGCAUGUGAUGUUGUCUUAGCAUGGUACCUGCUGGGGUUUUUUUUUUCAAAGCCAUUUUGGGGGGUUAUUUAUUUUUUAAGGAAAAAAAGCUGCAAAAAUUAUAUAUUGCAAGGUGCGACGGUCUGGUUUGGGUGAAUUUCAGGGGAAAUGAGGAAAAGAAAAAAGGAAAGAGAGAUUUUUAAGCCAAUUCUCCUCCUUCUUCUCCUCCUCCUCCUUCCCCCCUCUUUCCUUAGGCCUUUUGCAUUGAAAAUGCACCAGGGGAGGUUAGUGAGGGGGAAGUCAUUUUAAGGAGAACAAAGCUAUGAAGUUCUUUUGUAUUAUUGUUGGGGGGGGGUGCUGGGAGGAGAGGGAGGAAGACAGCAGACAAAGCUAGAUGCAUCUGGAGAGCCUCUCAGAGCUGUUCAGUUUGAGGAGCCAAAAGAAAAUAGAAAUAAACUUUCAGUUCAGAGAGGCAGUGUAUAGGUAGACUCUCCCCACCCCCUCAUCGUGGUUAUUGUGUUUUUGGACUGAAUUUACUUGAUUAUUGUAAAACUUGCAAUAAAGAAUUUUAGUGUUGAUGUGAAAUGCCCCGUGAUCAAUAAUAAACCAGUGGAUGUGAAUUAGUUUUA